AUGCAAUUGGCAGAAAGUAGGCAAGAAAGAAAAAAGUCGCCUAGGAGGAAACAGAAUAAUGAAGCGAGUAGUGGAGAGAGUAGUUCAAGGGAGGAGGGGAGUUCGAAGGAGGAGGAGAGUAUGAAGGGUAAAGAUCCAACACCAAGAUGGAGCGCGCUACGAGGCUCCCCGGAACUGCGCCCCUACAAUAGCCUGCCAAGGGGUCAAGACAUCAACAACUACCCCUCACUUGCCUUACAUCAAACCAACCUUCGAAACCAACUGAACUCAGUCGACUCCCCUUCCUCACCACAUAGACGACAUUCCCCGGCCCGAAGGACUCACUCCGAGGAUGUGUACACCGAAAGGGGGUCUUCUCCUCUAUCCAUGGGUGACGCUCAUCAUGUUAAUUCAUCUCAUAAACCAGCACGAGUUAAUCCUCUUAUGCAAUUGGCAGAAAGUAGGCAAGAAAGAAAAAAGUCGCCUAGGAGGAAACAGAAUAAUGAAGCGAGUAGUGGAGAGAGUAGUUCAAGGGAGGAGGGGAGUUCGAAGGAGGAGGAGAGUAUGAAGGGUAAAGGAAUACUAACACCCGAACCGACGAAGAAAUUCGAUUCGAACAUUAUUGAAAAACGAGUUAGUUUCGACAGCAACGUUACGAAUACAAUGAUGAAAGAAAAACUCAUCAGUGCCCUUCGGAGUCAGUCACUAAAAGGAGGAAAAUCAUUGGAACACCGACCAGCCCUAUCUCAUUUCCACCAGGGCGACCAAUCUGAUAACUCGGAAGAAUCUACGUCGAAUGAAGUAAGUAGAUGGAUUCAGGUUUUCGAUAAAAA